GCUAUAUUUACGGCGCAUGACGUAUAUACGUCAACUUCAAUCACCUUCUGCUUACGUGCCUGAUUGUUUCUAAGUAAAACACGCACAAAAAUGAUAGUCAGAAACGCACAAUUUAUUCUUUUAUUAAAUUUGGGUUUAGUAUCGAUCUAUACUGCUGCUGGAGAAAAUAAAUAUUCCGCCGAAGCGAACAAAGCUAAAGAUGUAGACUCCUCACAGUUUCCAAUUUCUCUCAGAGAUUUGGAUAAACCGUUCAGAAUGGCAAAAUUAAAUGUGCUUUGGGUCAAGGCGAAAAAUCGUCUGACAGAUACCAAGCUGCAGUCAAUUUUCAGUGAUUUGAAGAUUCACGACAAAGAAGAAAUCGCAUAUAAGCACUUCAAGUCUGAUGGAAAAGAUCCUGAAGGCUUAGAAGAAGCACGCCUAAGAAAGAAGCUCAUUGGAAUAAUGAGCACAUAUGGUUUGCUGGAACAUUUUGCUGACACAGAAAAUCCAGAGUUACUUAAAGUACACAAAGCACUGAAUGAUGGCAGCAAUUAUGUUGCUCAGGAUAUCUUUAAGGACAAAAGGCUGAAUAAAUUAUGGGCUAAAGCUAAAAUGGCUGGUUUCACUGAUGAGGAGCUUGAUGCUUUAAAACAGGAAUUCCAUCAUCACCAAGAAAAAGUGGAUGAAUAUAUGAGUUUAUUGAAAGAUCCACAACCUGGAGAUUCAAAGUCUGAAAAUCAUUUACAUCUCAAAUCAGAGAAGUGGAAUGAAUUAGAAGAAGCAGAGGAAUUAUCGAAUGAUGUACCAGAGCAGAAGUUAAGUCACGAAGAAAAAGCAAACUUGCUUCGGGAAAAACACUUAGAAUUAAGAAAUGGAUUUGAUCGCUUGGAUAUACUUACUGCAAAGGGACCAAACCAUAAAGAGUUUAUAGAACCUAAAGUACAGGGAUUGUGGAAAAUUGCACUAGAAGCAAAAUUUUCUUCUGAUGAACUGGCAUCAUUAAAGGAAGAACUCCUACAUUACGAAUCGAGAUUACUUAAGCUGCGACAUCUUCACACUGAAGGUGCUCUAGAAGCAGCUCGAAAAGGACAACUUCAUGAUCUAGACAACUCAACUGCAGAACAACAUAUAAAGAAACACGUUAGAACUGUACAAAAACUUCAUAUGGAUUUGGAAACCAAAAUCAUGCAGAGGCAUACAGAAUUAUAAGAAUGGUAGCUACUUUAAAAAUGUUAAAAAAUAUAUAUAUAUAAAUGUUAUACAAUGAAAAAUAAUCGUGUUCUUUAUAGAAAUGUUUAUAUCUAAAUGAUUUGUCUCAUCUAUUGAUAUUUUUCUUUAAAAUAAAUAUAUACAUAUAUAAUCUGUACUAAA